CAAACGUACAAAUUAUCGAGUUUCUAACAAAGAUAAAGACGGCUCUGCGUCUCCUCGUCUUUGCCAACCGUAAUUUUAGCCAAAUAAUAAAGUCCGGAAAGGUGAAAAGUGCAGGACCUGAUCCGCUCAUACUGCCACCCACCGUGGACGCCAUCAGAACAGCCUUGCACCCACAGCGAAGGCCGUGUGCUCACGAGUGCGAGCGAGAGGGCAGCAGGCGACGGCUACAGAGGCGAGCGGAUCAUUUUCGCAAGUGUUGUGAUAGAAAAAAGUGAAAGAAACUGCGAUAGUGAGCUCAAACCACCCCGGCCAGACAUGUCUUCAACCCCAGCAGCGGGCAGUGCCACCGAGGUGGCCACAUCCAGUGCCACCUCGAAUGUUCCCAGCGCGCCCAGCACGACGGUCACCAAUGUGAGCAAUCCCAGCCAGCCCGCGUCCGCCGGAACGCCACAGGCACGUGGCGGCAGGGGCAGCAACGCCAACGGUGGAGCCUCCGGCAGCAAUGCCGCCGGCGGCGAUGAGCCGCGCAAGGACACCAAGCCAACGCCCAGGAUAUCCAAGGCCCUGGGCACCUCGGCCAAGCGCAUCCAGAAGGAGCUGGCGGAGAUCACACUGGACCCACCGCCCAACUGCAGUGCCGGGCCCAAGGGCGACAACCUGUACGAGUGGGUAUCCACCAUAUUGGGACCACCCGGGUCCGUCUACGAGGGCGGCGUCUUCUUCCUCGACAUACACUUCUCGCCGGAAUACCCCUUCAAGCCGCCCAAAGUCACGUUCCGCACGCGCAUCUAUCACUGCAACAUCAACAGCCAGGGCGUCAUCUGCCUGGACAUACUCAAGGACAACUGGUCGCCGGCGCUGACCAUAUCAAAGGUCUUGCUGUCAAUUUGCUCCCUGCUCACAGACUGUAAUCCAGCCGAUCCGCUGGUGGGAAGCAUUGCCACGCAAUAUUUGCAGAAUCGCGAGGAACAUGAUCGAAUUGCGCGUCUUUGGACAAAACGGUACGCAACAUGAUGCGUAAAUUCUGGCAUCGUACAUGUACCACAAACCGAAAACUGCAACAACAGAAACGAAAAUUCGCAUCUUGCAAAGGAGAAAGUCUAUUUUAUAAAUAUAUAUUAAAAUACGAUAACUAAUAAAUUAACAGUAAUACCUACCAUAACAUGUACACGUAGCAUGAACAGCAAACGCCAACAGCCAGUCGAUCCAAUUCUAUAGCCUAUAUUUAUGUCGAGUUAAUACAACAGUUGUAAAAAAUUUGGAGAUUUCUUGAGUUGUAUUUUUCGGAAACAAGUUUUGUUUUUAGAUCGCUUAGCAACCGAAAACAUUGGGAGAAACACAUUCGAUUUAAAAUUGCAUCAUAAAUUGCACAUUGACAUAUUGAACUAUGAACUAUUCAACUGCAUAAAUAAAUAUAAAUACAAUUAGUUUACAUUAUAUGUGUACAGUGUUAAGUGAAAAUGGAGCUAAACGAGUAACGAGAAAAGCCUAUUUUAAUGCGUAAUAUAUAUAAUACAUAAAUGCAACCAAUGUCAGGGCAGUAAACUUCGUAAACGAUGAUUUUCAUUCAAAAACUGGCCACAUCAGGAAAAAUUCUCAUCAACAAAAGACUUAAUGUGCAGUGGUAAACGAAAAACGAAAAAAAUCGAUGUACACAAAACUUAAGACAACCUAUUCCAAAUUCCAAAUCGAAAUUAAAUAAAUUUGUGUUAUUUAUAUAUAAAAUCGGAUUCGGUUUAAAUUUUUAAUGUGAUAUUUUUAAGCGUUUUAAAUUUGUUUUUUGGCCAAAUACUUUCAGUAGCAAUUGAAUUAUAUUGAUUUUAGACUUGAAAAUGGAAAAUUGAAAAGCACCAUUACAGCGAAAUUUGUUAUUUUAAACAAAGGCAAUGAAGAGAAUAAAGCUAAUAUAUAAAGGAAAAACAAAGCAAAGAUAUAAAGAAAAAACCAACUUCCUACUAUUUUGUAGUUUUAAUGACUAAACAGUCAGUGUCACAUCAAUGAAAAAACUGAGGAAAACAAGAUUUCAUAAAUGAUAAUUGUAAGUUUUUUUCGUAACCAAAACAAAAACUGAAAUCGAGGAUGGAAACGAACUUAAAUAAAAAAAUAUUGCAAAAUUAUCUGUGCGGCUCUUUAAUUAGCUCACCGAUUCGGGUUCCUCACGAUCCUUGCCAAAAAUGAAUGUCAAGUAGUUACUUUAAGUUUUAAUUUUAUUUGAUACAUCUUUGUUUAUAUAAAAUAUGUUUCUCAUUACACUAUAAUCAUAAAUAUAUGGAACAACUCAAA